GGUGCCUCUGCUGCAUCAUGGACGCCACUCGACGGCUCUUCCGGGUAGCGAAGGAGUAUAAAUGUAACGAGGUCGGCUGAUCGACGCUGUCAAGGAAGGGUAAGAUUCAAUGGACUAAUAAUUAAGGAUCCCAAUAACCACAAGGGUGUAGGAACACCGCUGAUUGAGUUCGACUCACCUUCUUCUGUCAUUUUUUUUCUUUAUUUACUCUGUUCUCCCGCUCCCUGAUCUUCUUUCGGCUACCAAAUUCAACACCCGUGGCAAUUGUAAUGGCAGACGCUGAACAGGGUUGCGACCCAAAAGUACAGGUCAAGGAGACUGGACCCCAUGUCCAUACACUGGAGUUACUAUCUACCGAUGCAGAAUUGAAGGGUUCCAAACUUCAGAAAGGCAUCGCGGCAUUUGGUCGAGUAUUCACUCAAGUGUCUGGAGUGGAGGCUCGAGGAAUUGAACGCGUAGCAGAUGAUGAGCGCCAGCCUCCGGCUCCCAAUACUUACAUCCGCAUCUUUCUUUUGUGGCUGAGCUCUGCAUUGACUGGGAACAACAUUAUCGUGGGACUGUACGGUCCAUCAUUAUAUGGGCUUGAUUGGAACCAGGCCACCAUAUGUGCACGUUGGGGGUUAUGCUAGGAAGUAUGUGUGUAGGGUAUAUGAGUACUUGGGGUCCCAAAAGUGGGAAUCGCACCCUGGUCGUGACUAGAUACUUCCUUGGAUACUACCUCAGCAAGGUUUGCUGUCUACUCAAUAUCCUCACCAUGCUGGGAUAUGGCAUGAUGAACUGCAUUCUCGGGGGCCAGGUCAUCUAUACAGUGUCCGGAGGCCGUACAGCUGUUCCUGUUGGUAUAAUUGUAGUAUCAGCUCUGACUUGGUUCAUCGCCACUCUUGGUGUGCACCUUUUCCAGUUCUAUACUAGAUACGCCUGGAUCAUUCAAGCCCUAACGUUGGCCAUCAUGAUCGGCUCUGCCGGGCCAAGCUUCAUCACCUCACCUCACCUUUCCCCAGAUAUCCCUAGAGCGACCGCCGCUGAUCGGCUUUCAUUUUUCUCUCUUUGCUUCGCCUCAGCCGUUACCUGGGCUCCGGCAAGCGCAGACUACUUCGUCUACUUGCCAACAGCAACCAAAUCAUGGGGAAUGUUCCUCGCCGGUAGCACAGGCACGAGCCUGGCAAUGGCUUUAACAACACUCCUAGGCAUUGGCCUAGCAACAGGGAUUGACACAAAUCAACCUUGGAUCGAGGCCUCCCUUGCCUCCCCAGGGAGUCUGCUCGCGGCGUCGUUCAGCAACCUGCACGGCUUUGGCCGCCUUUGCGCUGUCAUCCUCCUCCUCGGCACAGUCUCCAACAAUAUCCCAUGCACAUACUCCGCGGGUCUCAACCUCCAAAUGCUGGGCCGCUACGGCCCACGCAUCCCGCGGCCUCUCCUGACUACAUUCGAAGUCGUAAUCUACACCGUCUGCGCAAUUGUCGCUCGCGAGUAUCUUCGCGAGAUCAUGGAGAACUUUCUCCCGCUCAUGUCUUACUGGAUUGUGGCAUGGCUGGCAGUUUGUCUAGAAGAGGCGUGGAUUUUUCGCCGAGGUCACAACUAUGACUGGACGGUUUGGAAUAAUCCACAUCGGUUGCCGAUGGGUCUUGCUGCCGGGGCCAGCUUUGUAUUCGGGCUUUUGGGUGCCGUCCUUGGAAUGUCUCAAUCAUACUUUGUUGGGCCGAUUGCCAAAGCCUUGCCUCAGAAUUGUGAUCUGGGUAUGUGGCUUGCAUUUGGCUUUACUGCGGUGGUGUAUCCAGCUUUUCGAUGUGUCGAGUUACGUGUUGUGGGACGGUGACAGUUUUGGCAGACUGUGGGAGCAUAUAACGUAGUAUCCCUUGAACUGGGAAUAAAGCUGUUCGGACGCUAGUGAUAUCACAAAAUACAUAUACGGCUCAGACCCGAGGCAGUCUAAAAUGGCGAGUGGGCAGGGUAUCGACACCAGAUAAUUGGCGGGGAUGAUGUUCACUGCAUACAUAUACCCGAAAGCGUUACAAAGAAUAUAUACUGUAUAGAUCGUCAUAACAUAGGAGAA